CCGAAGGCCUAGAAUCUCAAAGACGUCGAGGACGGCGGAUGGUAGACGAGUAUAAGUGCUGCCAAUUCCCGUCACCUUCUCGAAUUUUCAUUCCAUUGUGACACCAACCAACCAGCACAACGCCCUACCUUAGUCACUCCUUAACAACGCCCUACCCAUAGUCACUCUUUAACAACAGUCCAACAUGAAGACCGGAAGCAUCCUCGCGGCCCUCGUGGCCUCGGCCAGCGCCCACACCAUCUUCCAGAAGGUGUCCGUCAACGGUGCCGAUCAGGGCCAGCUCAAGGGCAUCCGUGCUCCUGCCAACAACAACCCCGUCACCGAUGUUAUGUCCUCUGACAUUAUCUGCAACGCUGUUACGAUGAAAGAUAGCAACGUCCUUACUGUUCCGGCUGGUGCCAAGGUUGGACACUGGUGGGGACACGAGAUUGGCGGUGCUGCUGGCCCCAACGACGCUGACAACCCGAUUGCUGCUUCUCACAAGGGUCCCAUCAUCGUCUACCUCGCUAAGGUCGACAACGCCGCCACCACCGGCACCUCCGGGCUCAAGUGGUUCAAGGUCGCCGAAGCCGGCCUCAGCAAUGGCAAGUGGGCCGUCGAUGACCUGAUCGCCAACGACGGCUGGUCCUACUUCAACAUGCCGACCUGUAUCGCUCCGGGCCAGUACCUCAUGCGUGCCGAGCUCAUUGCGCUGCACAACGCCGGCUCGCAAGCCGGCGCGCAGUUCUACAUUGGCUGCGCCCAGAUCAACGUCACCGGCGGCGGCAAUGCCUCGCCUUCCAACACCGUCAGCUUCCCCGGUGCCUACUCGGCCUCCGACCCGGGUAUCCUCAUCAACAUCUACGGCGGCAGCGGCAAGACCGACAACGGCGGCAAGCCGUACCAGAUCCCCGGCCCCGCGCUGUUCACUUGCCCCGCUGGUGGCUCUGGUGGUUCCAGCCCUGCUCCUGCUACCACGGCUAGCACCCCCAAGCCUACCUCGGCUAGCGCCCCUAAGCCUACCAACGGCAGUGGCUCGGGUACCGGCGCUGCUCAUAGUACAAAGUGCGGUGGUUCCAAGCCUGCUUCCACUACCAAGGCUAGCACCCCCCAGCCUACCAACGGCGGUAACUCGGCUGUUCGUGCUGCUGCCCUUUAUGGACAGUGCGGUGGUAAGGGCUGGACUGGCCCUACCACUUGCGCUUCGGGCACUUGCAAGUUCUCGAACGAUUGGUACAGCCAGUGCCUCCCUUAAAUGGGUGAAGUUGGUCUGAGGUUCUGCGGUUGAAGAAAGAAUGGUGGUGGUGGUGGUGACAGCGAAGUGCCAAGUGUGGUCACUUCAGCCUGAGUUGUCGGGAUGAAAAAGGGUCCUGAUAAUUCGGAUAAAACAGAUGGGAAUUAUUUGGCAUUUUUGGGGGGGUGAAUUAGCGCUUGCACAUACUUUGACGACAUACUUCUACUGUAUAUAUCUUAGCAAGUAUAUAAACACCACUAUUGAACAUAUGGCAUACGUACCGAGUCCCCGAG